AUGUCGGGAGAACCCCCCAACAACCUCAUCGCCUUUGGCCCGGAUUCAAACUGUACCUUGGCACUCUGUCCAGUAGAAUGGACCGUCUACCAAUACCGACCUUCGCUCGCAGCCAACGGCGCCUUUAUAGCCCUCUAUGCCCUCGCCAUGAUAACGCACUUAAUACUCGGGUUUCGCUGGAGGCAGUGGUUUUUCACGUCCUUCAUGAUGCUCGGUUGCUUGUUCGAGAUCAUUGGAUACAUCGGCCGUAUCAUUCUGUACAAUAACCCUUUCAGCUUUGGAGGGUUCAUGAUACAGAUUUGCUUUGUCACGACGGGUCCUGUGUUUUACACGGCUGCUAUAUAUGUGACUCUAUCCAAGACUAUCAAGCACUUUGCUCCCGAAGUCUCUCGUUUCAAACCACAACUCAUCUGGUGGAUUUUCAUCCCUGCCGACAUCAUCUGCCUCGUUCUACAAGGCACCGGAGGCGCUCUUUCAACCGUCAGCCAAGGUUCCAGCCAGAUGGGCAUCGAUGUCGCCCUGGCCGGCCUUUCACUACAAGUCGUCAUCCUCGUCCUCUUCUGCGCUAUCCUCGGUGACUACCUCUGGCGGUACUUCCGAAGCGGAUCUUCUGGGGCGCUGAGCAAACGCAUGCAAGUUUUCUUUGGCUUCGUGAGCGCGGCUGUUAUCUUGAUCCUUGCGCGAUGCGCCUUUCGAUGUUACGAGUUGAGCAAGGGAUAUCAAGACUCGGACCUCAUCACGGACGAGGCCUUGUUUAUUGGUCUUGAGGGAGUACUCAUUGUUAUUGCUGUCUUUUGUCUCUGUGUGGGACAUCCAGGACUUGUCUUCAACGACAGGGUCACUAGAAAGAUCUCUGCUUCGUCGACGAGCGAUGUUGAGAAAUAA